AUGCCGUCGCCAUGGGCGCCGUCACCCGGGCCCCUGACGCCGGCGCCCGUCCCCGGCGCCACCCCGACGCCCCACCUCGUCGCUCGCUGGACUGCCCCGCCCCGCCUCUCCAUCGCCGUUCGCCGGGGCAACCCCUCCCCCCCACUGGAGCUCUUCUACCACAACCCCCUCACCGGAUCUGCGCCCCCCGUCAACCUCCUCCUCGUCGUCCUCUCCGUCGACGGCCUCGUCCUCGUCCUUCGCCCCGAGCAACGCUGCCCCUCACCCUACGACCCCAGUGAGCCCCUCCCUCUCCUCCUCACUCUCCCUCACCGCGUCGUGCCCGCGCCCGUCCGCGCUCUUGCGCGCCCCUGUUGUCGAGCCCCCGCGCUCGCGCUCGCCCUCGUCCGCCCGUACUACUCGCCGCUACCCGCGUCGCCCGCGUGCUCACCGCGUGCUGGCGCGCCCGCCUACGGCCGCGGCCUUCCUCCGCCUCCCUGA